AUGGCUUCAGAAUUUGACUUUGUCAUCGUCGGCGGCGGUCAGGCAGGCUUGGUGGUGGCAUCCCGCCUGUCUGAGGAUCCUUCCGUCAGCGUCCUUGUCGUCGAAGCCGGUGAGGACCUGACGGCUGACCCGCGAACCAUGAUUCCAGGCAUGUGGACGCAGCUACAGAGCAGCUCGGCCGACUGGAACAUGAUGACUACGCCUCAAAAAGGUCUCGGCGGGCGAGAGGUACAUGUGUCUCAGGGUCGUCUGCUCGGGGGCUCCGCCGCGCUGAACGGCAUGAUCUUCACGGUGAGCUCGGAGAGCAACCUGGAUGCGUGGGCGCAGCUGGGCAACACCGGCUGGGACUGGGCGAGCAUGUCCAAGUCGGCCGCAAAGGCGUACAGCGUGACGACGCCGUCCAAGAAGGUCGAGGGCGGACCCAUCCAGCUCGUCGUGCCCGAGGAGAAGGGCAAGUGGCCGCAGACCUGGCGGGACACGUUUGCCGCCCUCGGGCUCCCGGCCGACAACGACCCCCUCUCGGGCACCAUCCUAGGCUCCGCGUUCAACACCGAAGCUAUCGACCCUGCCACCGGGACACGCAGCUACCCGGGCAACACGUAUCUCGUAGCCGCACGCUCCCGCCCGAACCUGACCGUCUGGACGCAGACGCUGGUAGAGAAAGUCGUGCUGGAGAAGCCCAGCGACGGCAAGGGCGACGCCGUGGCAACAGGCGUCGCAUACAGGGGCUCCGACGGGCAAACGCAGACAGUGCGUGCGCGGCGCGAGGUGGUGCUGGCGGCGGGCGUGCUGCACUCGCCGGCGGUGCUGGAGCUGUCGGGCAUCGGCGGCGCGGGGCUGCUUGCGUCGCUGGGCAUUCCCGUGAUCGUCGACAAUCCGCACGUCGGCGAGAACCUGCAGAACCACGUCAUGGCCACGCUGUCGUUCGAGCUGGCCGACGACGCCAGCUCCGACCCCGAGUACGACACCAUCGACGCGCUCGCCCGCCAGGACCCCGCCGCGCUCGCCGCCGCCAUGGCCGACUACGCGCGCCAGACCGGCCCGCUCGCCCGCACCAACUGCAACGCCACGGGGCACUUGCCGUUCCCGGGCAUCUCGACCCCCGCCGGCCAGCGCGACCUCGCGCAGCUGCUGGACGACACGAGGCGGAACCCCGCCGUCGCCGACGACAAGACGGCGCCCGCCUUCGCGCAGGCCCACGAGGCGUACGUGCGCACGGUGCUGCAGUCGCCGGCCCUCGCGUCGGGUUACUACUUUGGGUUCGCGGGCUGGGCGCAGUACGACGCGGCCGGAAAGUGGCUGACGAUCCCGGCGGGCGGCGCCGAGAAGUACUUCACCAUCGCCGUGCUGCUGGCACACCCGCUGUCGCGCGGGUCUGUGCACAUCGGCUCGGCGUCGGCAUCCGACCCGCGCUUAGCCAUCGACCCCAAGUACCUCGCACACGAACUCGACGUCGAGGUGCUCGCGCGCCAUGUGCGCUUCGCCGACGCGGCGCUCGCGUCGGCGCCACCGCUCGCCGCCCGCCUCAAGCGCGGCCCGGCCAGCAAGCACGGCCCCAACGCGCCGGACGGCGGGCCGGGCGGGUUCGCGGACGGCGCGACGGGUUUGCAGCGCGCGAGGGACUUUGUCAGGGAUACCGCGACGGGCGCCGCGCACUUUACGAGUACUUGUGCCAUGCUGCCGCAGAAGUUGGGGGGUGUCGUGGACCCGUCGCUGCGGGUUUAUGGUGUGGCGAACCUGCGCGUGUGCGACGCGAGUGUCAUGCCGCUGACCACGCAGGGCAAUACCAUGGCGACCGUGUAUGCUGUGGCGGAGAGGGGGGCCGAGAUUAUCAAGGCGGACUUGUGA